AUGGCAGAGAAAGAUCCUAAAGCUCAAGACGUUUUCAUAGAGGGCAACGGAUAUCCCGCUCCAAAUAAAGGUUCACAGACUGUAGCCUCUCAUCACAACAAAGAAGCGAAGCAUGAUGCUGCCUCAUCAGCGAUACAUGUAAUUCACAACCCUCUCAAGCGGGAACCCAAAGAAAAAGUAGUACAAGACGCUCAGGAGUUUGCCAAAAACCACAACCUCGGAGAGUAUGCCGAUCUCUUUGGACGAGCCGCCCUUGUGGCGCGAGAUAAAGGAAACUUCCGUUCUAUUCCAGAGCUUUCAACCGAGGAAAUCGCCGCUCUUGACUAUGAGAGGGAUCAUAAAUGGCAUGGGCCGAAAAUGCUCUGGUAUUCAAUCGCCUUAUGCGCCAUAGGUGCGGCGACUCAAGGUUGGGAUCAAACUGGUUCCAAUGGAGCGAAUCUUUCAUUCCCUGCUGAAUUCGGUAUCACUGGGGAAGGGCGAAACGAAUGGAUUGUUGGAGCUGUCAACGCGAUAAUUUUUUUGACUGCCGGCUGCAUUGGUGCUUUCAUUACUGAUCCUCUCAACCACUAUCUGGGUCGUCGGGGAGAAAUCUUCCUUACCGCUGCUUGUCUCACUGCCACUCCAAUCGCCUCCGGUUUCACCCAUUCAUGGCAAGCGUUAUUCGCAGUCCGAUUUGUCAUGGGUAUCGGUAUCGGUGCCAAGAACGCGACUGUUCCAAUAUUCUCUGCGGAACUUGCCCCAGCACGUAUCCGAGGCGCUUUAGUUAUGUUCUGGCAGUUAUGGGUAGUUGCAGGUAUUUUCCUGGGUUUCUGCGCCAAUGUCAUUGUGAAGGAUACCGGGCGAAUUGCAUGGCGACUUCAAUUGGGUUCCGCUUUCAUUCCCGCCUUCAUUUUAAUGCUUGGAAUCUGGUUCACCCCCGAGUCACCUCGAUGGCUCAUGAAGCACGGCAAAUACGACAAGGCAUUCCAUUCAUUUUUAAAGCUCCGAGCGCAUCCUAUCAUUUCAGCGAGAGAUUACUAUUACUCAUACGUUAUAUAUCAGGAAGAGCUUUCUGUCGCAGCGGGCUCAAAUUACUGGACAAGAAUGGCGGACUGUUUCCGAAUCCCAAGGAUCAGAAGAGCUAAUUACGCUGCAUCUACCGUCAUGAUUGCUCAACAAAUGUGUGGUAUCAACAUCAUCUCAUUCUAUAGUUCUACAAUCUUCACCGAUGUAGGUUACACCGACGUGCAAGCGCUGUACGCGUCUCUUGGUUACGGUGCAAUCCAGGUUGUUUUCACCAUUCCAACUUUAUUCAUGAUUGACACAGUCGGUCGUAGAAGAUUGUGUUUGAUAACCUUCCCUCUCAUGUGUAUAUUCCUUCUCGCUGGUGGAUUAUCGCUGCUCAAAACUACUGGGUCCCAAGCCUCGAAGAUUGGACCUGUUGUCCUAUUCGUUUAUUUAUUCACCAUCUGUUAUUCUCUUGGUGAAGGUCCAGUCGCUUUCCAAUACUCGGCGGAAGUCUUCCCGACGAUUCAACGAGAACAAGGAAUGUCGUGGGUUGUCUUCAUCAAUAACUUUUUUGCUGGUGUUCUCAGUAUCACUUUCCCGAGAAUGAGAUCGGUCAUGACUUCCCCUGGUGCUUUCGGAUUCUACGCUGGUUUGAACCUCAUUGCGUGGUUCAUGAUUUUCGCCUUCGUCCGUGAAACCAAGCAGUUGACCCUCGAAGAGAUCGAUCAGGUCUUUUCUGUUUCUACUUCUGAAUUCUUCUGGCAUGAACUCAAGGUCUCGACGCCUUGGUUCCUCAAGCGAUACUUGCUCUUCCAAAAGCAUCUCCCUAAGCCACCCUCAAUAAUCGCCACAGCCGAUCAAAAUUACUCACGUCGAGACUCUGAUUCUGUUGUUGCCUAG